AUGCCGGAUGCUAACGCUCGAAUCCAUGUUAAGUACGGCGAUGAAACAUCCGAACAGUUCGUGGGUAAUUCGACUGCGCCAGACCACUUUCGUAUUUUAGAUAAAGACGACUUCUCAAUUAUCGUUGGUGGCAGAAAUGCAGUAUACAACUUAAGCCUCUAUGACUUGUCUGAAAAUGUAGAUCAGCGUCUAGAAUGGCAGUCCACUGACGCACACAGAGAGCUGUGCCAGCUGAAGGGCAAGUCGGCAGACGAGUGUCAGAACUACCCUCGUGUGGCGGCGCGAUCACACGGCCGGCUGCUCGUGUGCGGCACGAACGCAUUUAAACCGCUGUGUCGUCGAUAUGACACCACUCGACACCCACCAAACCACCGCAUUGAGGAAUUCGACGGCUCCGGUCGUUGUCCGUACGAUCCUCAGCACAACUCCUCCGCUAUUUUUGCGGAUGGACAUUUAUACACUGCAACUGCAGCCGACUUCUCUGGUACGGACCCUCUUAUCUACCGAGAACCGGUGAGAACCGAACGCUCUGAUCUCCGAUUACUCAACGACCCUUCCUUCGUCGGUGCGGUAGCCUCAACAAGCCACGUCUAUUUCUUCUACCGCGAAACCGCAGUUGAAUACAUGAACUGCGGAAAGGCGGUGUAUUCGAGAGUAGCUAGAGUUUGUUUAAAUGACAAAGGUGGCCCACAUACAUUUAGCGAUCGAUGGACUUCCUUCUUAAAAACACGAUUAAACUGCUCAGUACCCGGGGAAUACCCUUUCUAUUUCGAUGAAAUACAGGCAACAACUGAACUGAUCAGUGGGAUUUACGGUAGCGACAGCAGUAGGAACGACAUAAUAUACGCAGUCUUCACGACUCCCCAAAACGCGAUAGGUGGUUCAGCAGUUUGCGCGUUCGCUAUGAGGGACAUCUUGGACGCAUUUGACGGGACGUUUAAAAGUCAAGAGAGCAUGAACUCCAACUGGUUGCCGAUAGAAAAAGAGAAAGUGCCGCAACCUAGGCCCGGUUCCUGCGUAGAAGACAGCCGAACUCUAUCCGAUUCCGGAGUUAACUUUAUAAAGACGCAUCCAUUAAUGGACAAAGCAGUUUCUUCGUUUUUAGCGCGACCGAUCCUUAUAAGAGUCAGUUUGCAGUAUCGAUUUUCAGCUAUCGCCAUCCACCCUCAAGUGCAAGCAAUGAAUGGCAAUAAAUACGAUGUCAUGUACGUCGGUACUGACGAUGGGAGAGUGAUCAAGGCGGUUAACGUGGCGGCCAAUGAUGGAUCUUUUGACGCAAGUACAGACGAGUACAGCAGGAAUCCGGUUAGAACGGCGGUCAUUUCGGAGGUCCAAGUACUGCCGUCGGGAGUACCGAUAAAACAAAUGCACGUCGCUCUCACUACAGAAAAACUGAUCGUCGCGUCAGGAGAUAUUAUUAAAGCUAUAUCGCUGUCGCAUUGUACCAACGUUCUAUCGUGCAGAGAAUGCGUCGCGCUACAAGACCCGCACUGCGCGUGGGAUUCGAAGCAGCAGCAAUGCUCAUGGGUCGGAAACAGACAAUUCCCCAACCCAGAAAGGUUUCUACAGAACGUGGAAUACGGAAAGAGCGAGAUAUGCAACAAGCUUCCUGCGCUGCUGCCGAGCGACAGGCACGGCAGCAGGAACCAGGCCACGAAGAAACCGGCGCAGACAGAGACGAACCAACGGCAGCCACCGGAUGACAUACAGAACGAGAUCCUGAUCGAAGUUGUUGAGACCAACGUUUUGUCCGAAGACAAAACACCCAGUAAUCACAAGCACGAAACAGAUUUACUGACAGUGGAGGCGGCGGACGGCAACAUCUACAGCGCGCAGGCGCUGCUCACUGCCGUAGUGGCCUCGUGUCUGGUCACACUGAUGCUCGGCUUCGUUAUUGGAUACUUGUUUUCGCGACGAUUUCGACACCCGUUUUUUGCCGAUACCUCACCCUUCAAUGAACAACAUAAUCAUUUAAACAGAUUAAGUCCAUUGGAGACACCGUUGAACGUCAACUCCGGGUACAUGCCGCCUCGCUCUAAGAACGUAAAUAUGGUGGCAAACGUCGGCCCUUUAGUGAAGCAGGACAAUUUGCACCUAGAGCUCGGCAAAGACCGCGCUCUAGACCUAAGAAAUUCCACCGAAUCCCUCGAUAAGGACCUCAAGUGCGGCACACUACAGAAAGUUAAAAAGACUUAUAUUUGA